GCAUCCUCAGAGCCGCUGCUUUCACUUCCAUCCACUUCACGAGUGCACGCGUCUGAGAGAAGUUGAUCUCUGUGACAAGAUCUCGAGACUUCAGAUGCACAUCAGAUAUGCAAGAUGAGAGAAUACUUACUUGGAAUACUUUUACUUUUGAAAUAUUGCAUUUGCAGUGAUGUGCAUGACUUCGAUGGAGAUAUCAAGGACUUUGUAGUUGGUAACAGUAAGUUAUUUGUUCUUACUGAUCAUCGACUACAUCAGAUGAGACUCAAUCUUUAUGAGGAGAAGAGGAAAGACAUCACUAAAGCCUCUGAACACAACAGAGUUAACAUUCUGGUGCCUUUUGAUGAAAACGGCACCUUGAUAAUGUGUGGGACAUUUAAAGAAGGAUAUUGUGAAGUUCUUGAUAUAAAUCAUAUUACAAACAGUAUUUACUAUGAAAGUGAUACACUGAUAGGACCUCGACAGGAUGAGAAAUCUGUUGCCUUCAUAGCCGGUACAAGUAACAGUAGGUACCUUUUGGUUGGAAAAAAAGACGACGAUGCAAAUCCUCAAGAUACCAGGUAUUCUGUUGUUAGCUUGUGGAACACUUUAAACUCUCAAUAUGGUGGGAUUUUCUCAAAAAUAGCAGACGGAGCAGAUCCAAGCAUUCAGAGCACUGUGAGAGAUGUGGAGUUUGUUGAUGGAUUCCAGAGAGUUUCACCCUCAGAAUCUUACUUAUUUCUCAACACAAAGACUGACUCCGAGAGGAAAGUGCUCGUCCUGUGGAUGAACAGCUCUAAAGGAAGAAAGACAGAAAUCAUCAAAUCCCUACAGGCUUCAAGGAUACGAUGCUGCAGUGAUAAAGCUCGUCCAGUGCUCGUCGCCAGCACCGUUAUUCCCUCAGUGAACAGAGUUAUUUGGGCAGGUGUGUUCAGUGCACAGAAUCAGCAGGAUCCGGAGAACAGCGUGCUGGCUCUGUACAACAUCAGUCAUGUAAAAGGACGAGUGAAGGGCUUCUGCGCUAUUGGUGAAAAUCCAUGUGGUUCUGAGAGUGAUACUGAACUUCAGCCGCUCUCUGUGGUGUUCAAGUACAGCUCAAUGUCAGCAGUGGCAGCAGUUAGAAGUGGAUCCUGGACUGUGCUGUUCAUAGGAACCAGUGAUGGUCAACUCAUAAAGCUUGCAUUGGACGAGAAAUUCACUCCAGGUUGUCCAACAGUGUUGUUCAAAUCUGAUGAUGAACGAGCAGUGUUUCCCAGAAUGCACUUUGAUCCAGUAGAUUUAAAACAUAUUUACAUCGCUCUUAAGAAACAGUUAAGAAGAGUGUCUGUGGUUCAAUGUGCUAAAUACAUCAGUCUGAAAGACUGCAGAGCUGCUCUGGAUCCUCUCUGUGGCUGGUGUGUGAAGACAAAAAGAUCUCCAGUGUUUGAUCGCUCCAGUGACACGUUAAGGUUCCACAUUCCUCCCAGUGGAACUAAAGGAACAGUGAAAGUGUGUGUUGUUACUCCUGACGACCGUUGUCAUGGUAACAGCAUCAUCACUUACAGUUCUCAGCCCAGCUGCACUGGAAUACAGCCCACAGAUGUGUGGUUUGUCUCUGGUCCUUAUGAUGGCAGUGGUCAGUUUAGAUUGUUGUUGAAUGUUGGGAACUCCACUGUGGACUGUGUGGAUUAUUUCUCUUAUAAACCUGAUCCUGAAUUCACUGGAUUCACCACUGUACAGGUGGCCAAUGAUCUACAGGUGAACAUUCAGGUGAGUUUAGUGAUACAGUGA